AUGAUCACCAGCUUCCUCGUCACGGCGCUGGCCUUGGCCACGGUCACAUCCGCCUCCCCAAUCGCCAGAUCUUCAUCGAAAAACGCAUGGGACCUAGAAUGGAUAUCAACAAAAUCCUCCCUCCCAAAAGUAAUCAUCUACAGCGCAGGCGGCACAAUCCUCUCAGCCUCAAACUACAGCCGCCUAGACAACAUAGCCUACGGCUCCGGGCCCUUCCCAAAACCCUACGACCUCAUCGGGAACGUCUCCGAGGUCCUCGAGGUCGCGCAGCUCGCCGUCGUGGAACUCGAUGCCCCCGGCGGCAGCGCGGGGUUGAACUCGUCGCUGUAUCUCAACAUCAGCCAGCUCGCUAACGCACAGGCCCUUGAGCAGGGGAACCUCGGGGCCUUUCUCGCGGGGCAGCCGUAUUACUUUUUCGACGCGGCUUAUCCGACGGGACGACCUUAUUUUGAUGUUACGGGUGUGACGGAGUUGCCUUCUGUGAUUAUCGUUUACGGUCACCAGGGAUUUGACGCUUCGUUGAUGUACGCUGCCGUCGCCAACGGCGCAAAAGGCCUAGUGAUUCUUGGACCCGGCGCGGCAGCCGUAAGUCCCAGCGCCCGGGCCGCGGCCGCGGAGCUGCUGGAGCAGCGGGGGAUACCUACCAUCGCCGUCGCGCGACCCGUCACGGGCACCGGCGUCCCCAGUCCUUUUCCCGGGCCGCUGUACGUGAAGUCUCCCUGUCACCCAGUCAUUGAAGCCCAUCCUGCGUUUGCUAGAAAGGAAGCUCUCGAAUAUUCGCUGACACAGGUGACAAUUAGGAUCUAUUCGAGUUACCUCGGCGGCGAACAGGCGCGUAUCAUGCUGCAGCUAGCUAUCAAUGCCGGAUACGAUAUCGACGCGAUCCGGGGCCUGUUCGAGAGUCCUUUGAGGAGGGCUAUCUAUGAUACGCCUGCGAACCAAAAGUUUUAUUACUCUGGUUGA